AUGGAUGAACAGAUAGAUGCCCCCAGUUUUGACCAAGUCAAUAACAAUAACGACGAGUUGAUUGAACUUAGAGGAGGAGGAAGGUAUUUUGGAGUGGAGUCAGAUAAAGGUUUGGGCCCCAUCUGUAUAAAUUGUCAUAAACGAGGUCAUAUAAGAGCCAAAUGUAAAACAGUAGUUUGUCACAAAUGUGGUGUUAUUGGAGAUCAUUAUGAAACUCAUUGUCCCAAGACUCUCAUUUGUUCCAGAUGUAAUGAAAAAGGUCAUAUGGCCAUUGAUUGUAAGAGUAAACAAAAGGUUAAACAAUAUUGUAAACAGUGUGAUCUUUUCAACCAUAACGAUGAGAAUUGUCCUAAUAUUUGGAGAUCUUAUCUUUUGAAGAAAGGGGAAAUCACUGAUCUUCCUAUCAUGUCAUGUUAUAAUUGUGGUGAGGAUAGUCAUUUUGGAGAUGAAUGUAAAAGUGCUAGAACUUCAAGAGUUCCAAAUAUUUCUGGAUCAGCUUUUUCAGGUAAUAAUCUUCCUUCGAACUUAAGAAAAAUCUAUUUCAGAAGAGUCCACGAUAAUAAGUUACCUGAAAAACCUAAAGUUUAUCAUUCCAACAACUAUAAUAAUUUCAGGGGUAAUAACACCAAUAAUAAUUAUAAUAAUAAUUAUAAUAAUUACAACAACAACUAUAACAACAACUACAAUAACAACUACAACAACAAUUAUAACAAUAAUUAUAACAAUAACUUCAAUUUCAAUGAACAAUUCACCAAUUACAAUUCAUUUCAAAGUCAAAUUUAUCAAAAAGCCACUCGUUCAGGAAUCGUUCCCAAGGUAAAAAAACCCAAAUCCAAAAACAAUGGUAGUAACUCACUGAAGAGCGGGCCAAAAAAUUCUGUCAAAAAUCCCGCCAGUAGCGCGAGCAAAAAGAAGAAGCGAAGUCGCACAUUAGAUCAUUGA